AUGAACAGGGGCUUUCCUUGUGGUACUCCAUUAAUGAGAACAAACAUGGAGAAACAGCAGCAAAUAAAAUUAUUUCCAAUGGGCAUGAGGUACGACGGAAUACUCACUGCUUAUCGGAGCAAAAUUCAAGAUGAACGACAAGUUUGUCGGUUCAAAUUAGACGGAGGUUUGGUUUCGGAUCAAACAGUGGUUUUGCCGUUUAAAAUGGAACUGCGGUUUUGUCGUCCCAAAUUGAGCGGUGACUUUGCGGCCUUAAAUGAACGACGAUUGUCGCUUCAAAUUGAAUGGAAAUGUGGACAACUCAAAUUCAAAAAUGGUUCUGUUUUUCAAACUAAACGAUUGGACAGUGGUUCUGUCGUUCAAACUGUGCGGUGGUUUUGUGAUGGUUUUGCGGAUUUAAAUGAAACGGUUGCCGCUUCAUUUUCAAUCGAGUUGCGGCUCAUUCAAAUUGAACAUUGGUUCUGUCGUUCAAUCUGA